AUGGAGAACGAGUCAUCGUUUCAAUACAUGGAUGAAAUAUCACUAUCUUCAGCCCAACCAAAUCUGAAAUACACGUUAAGGAUUAUUGUACACGUUCUAUUAUUUCUCAUGGGAGUGCCCGGUAACAGUUUGAUCAUCUUGGUGUACAAGAACAAGAGACAGAAAACAAGCACACACGUCUUCAUCAUGACUCUGGCUAUGGCUGAUCUAUCCGUCUGCCUGAUGAGGGUGUUGGACAUCGCAGCCGAAGCCUUUCAUUUGGCAGGGUACCCUACCCCACAAGUUAUCCAUCUACUACGGCCGAUAGAGUACACGGCGAUAGGCACUACCGUAAUAGUCACCAGUCUGAUUUCAGCGGAUCGCUACGACUGCGUCUGCCGCUCACAGAGGCGGUUUUUGAACCUAAAACGCGGCAAGAUAGCAGCGUUGGUAUCGCUCGCAUUAUCAAUCGCCAUUAACGUUCCUGCAAUCGUUGACAGCAUCGACAUAUUGUUCACACUCGCUUGCCAGUUCUUGACUUACCAGAUCAAUCUUAUAAUGAUCAUCGUGUGCUAUAGAUUAGUUUACAUAACAGUCCGUCAACAUACUCGGGUAGGUACUGACUCUACGUUACAAGGAUCAAACGAUGGAAACAGUUCCACAACUACAACUACACAUGCAUCAAGUACUAACCAAGCCACAGUGUCAGUCAUUGUUGAUCUAGAUCCAAGCAAAGCCACAUGUGCCGAUGUUUCCAAGAGAGGGAACCACCAUACAUCCUCCUUAAGCCGAGAUAACCCUCCUCCAUCCAUCGUCACGACAGACAGAGGUAUCCAAGUUGGCCUUUCCAUGCUUUAUACCAUAGGUGCCUCACACAGCGGUACCUCCAACCGGGUUGCAGACGCUACCCACCGUACCCAAGUCACGCCAAGAGCCCACGCUCCUGCAUCCGUACUACAACGAAAGACAACAAAGAUGCUCUUCAUUACUAGUGUGGUGUUUCUGCUAACAUGGUUGCCAUAUUGGAUCUACGUCAGCUCGGUGAUAGCUAUUACUAGUGGGUGGAUGCCAUAUUGGAUCUUCGUUGGAAAGACACUCGCUCGCGAAUUGGGAAUCAGAAUCAAUCCGGUAUUUUACCUAAUAACAGACGAGGGGAGAAUUUUCGUUUACGUAAAUAACAAUGUCAAUCCAAUCAUAUACGGCUUCUCAAAUUCACGGUUCAGAAAGGACUGCAGGAUCGCUCUUGGUAAGAUUAGAUUAUUUUAGAUUGGAGUAUGUUGUUCAUUGUUUGCUUGAACAUACACGGAACGUUAUUACAAGGUAUGUCGAACAUUACGGUUUGUCGGACACUUU